AUGUCAAAAAGAACGGAUAGAAGGAAAUACCUCAGAUUCCAGGCAGCAACAGCCCCCUACCAGUACAGGGUCCUGCCCUUUGGUCUUUCUACAGCACCAGGGGGAUUAAUCAAAUGCUUGGGCACUGAGUCCAUAAAGUUGGAAAAUGGACAAAGCACAGCAGCUAAGCUGGGGCUUCCUCCUCUCACCCCGGAACAGCAGGAAGCUCUUCAGAAGGCAAAGAAGUAUGCGAUGGAGCAGAGUAUCAAGAGUGUGCUGGUGAAGCAAACCAUCGCCCACCAGCAACAGCAACUCACUAACCUGCAGAUGGCAGCAGUGACAAUGGGCUUUGGAGAUCCUCUCUCACCUUUACAAUCGAUGGCAGCUCAGAGGCAGCGGGCGCUGGCCAUCAUGUGUCGUGUGUACGUGGGCUCCAUAUACUACGAACUGGGAGAGGACACCAUCCGCCAGGCCUUUGCCCCAUUUGGACCUAUCAAAAGCAUUGACAUGUCCUGGGACUCUGUUACAAUGAAACACAAGGGCUUUGCUUUUGUGGAAUACGAGGUGCCUGAAGCUGCUCAGUUGGCCUUGGAGCAGAUGAACUCAGUCAUGCUGGGUGGGAGAAACAUAAAGGUUGGUAGGCCUAGUAAUAUUGGACAGGCACAGCCAAUCAUAGACCAGCUAGCUGAGGAGGCACGGGCUUUCAACCGCAUCUACGUGGCAUCUGUUCACCAGGACCUCUCAGAUGACGACAUUAAGAGUGUGUUUGAGGCCUUUGGGAAGAUUAAGUCCUGCACGCUCGCCAGGGACCCUACAACAGGGAAACACAAAGGCUAUGGCUUCAUUGAGUAUGAGAAGGCACAGUCAUCACAAGAUGCUGUCUCAUCUAUGAACCUCUUUGACCUGGGUGGCCAAUAUCUCCGGGUUGGCAAAGCUGUCACUCCCCCAAUGCCUCUCCUAACACCUGCAACGCCUGGAGGAUUACCCCCUGCAGCAGCUGUGGCUGCAGCAGCUGCCACAGCAAAGAUAACAGCUCAGGAAGCAGUGGCAGGAGCUGCAGUCCUUGGCACUUUAGCAACACCUGGGCUGGUGUCACCAGCACUGACACUGGCUCAGCCUCUGGGGGCAUUGCCGCAGGCCGUAAUGGCAGCACAGGCACCAGGAGUCAUUACGGGUGUGACCCCCGCUCGACCGCCCAUUCCAGUCACUAUUCCACAGGUGGGAGUUGUGAACCCUAUCCUAGCAAGUCCCCCAACACUAGCUCUGUUGGAAGUUAAGAAGGAGAAGGAGGAGGAGGAGAUCUUCCAGGAAUCGGAGAGGCCUGAAAUGCUGAGUGAACAGGAGCAUAUGAGCAUAUCCGGCAGCAGUGCCCGUCACAUGGUGAUGCAGAAACUGCUUCGCAAACAGGAGUCGACUGUGAUGGUGCUGCGCAACAUGGUGGAUCCAAAGGACAUUGAUGACGAUCUGGAGGGAGAAGUGACAGAAGAGUGCGGCAAGUUUGGGGCAGUGAACAGGGUCAUCAUCUACCAAGAGAAGCAGGGCGAGGAGGAGGACGCUGAGAUCAUCGUCAAGAUCUUUGUAGAGUUCUCUAUGGCCUCGGAGACUCACAAAGCCAUUCAGGCCCUGAACGGGCGCUGGUUUGCUGGCAGGAAGGUGGUGGCAGAGGUGUAUGACCAGGAGAGAUUUGAUAACAGUGACCUGUCAGCAUGAACUCUGCCUGAGAGAGACUUCUCCCCUGCCCCCUGUGUCCCAUCUGUUUUUUUAGCCAUGUGUAAGGAAUGCUCCUGGGUGAGCACAGCUCUCUACUGUGAUGUACAUGUAGUUUGGAUAAAAGUGCGAAGAAAAGCCA